AUGCUUCAUCAACAACAUUCUCGUUUAUCAAAUAGUGAUGAUGAUUCAGGUUGUGCUUUGGAAGAAUAUGUUUGGUGUCCACCUGGUCUUAAAGCAGAACAAGUUCGACAAUUUUUCAAAUGUUUCCCUGAAGAUAAAGUUCCAUUUCCUAAUUC